CCUCCCACCGGAAGUGGGCUGGGGGUCGCGGAGCUCAGGGCCGGAGGAGGCUUGUCCGCUGCGGCUGCCGAGCUGUCUUCUAGCUCAUCUCGGCCCUCUCCGCGGCUCGUCUCCGGCCCCGCUGCGCCUCACGGCAGCAGUGCAGGAGCGUGGCACAAUGGUGUGCAUUCCCUGUAUCGUCAUUCCAGUGCUGCUCUGGGUCUACAAAAAGUUCCUGGAACCAUAUAUCUACCCGCUGGUGUCCCCUCUAGUUAGUCGGCUGUGGCCUCGAAAAGAAAUACAGCAAGUCAAUGACCAUGGCAAAGGGGACUAUAAGGGUGCAGCUGUAAAUGAAUUACCAACAAAGGGACCAACAGAUAUUUGUGAUAAAAAGAAACAAUGAAGGAGGGCCCCCCCCCUCGGAUUUUAAUGUUGUGAGAAUGGACCUGAUCAUCAGAAGCACCUUUUUUUGUGACUAUCUCUGACAUUUCUCUCUGAGAUCUCAAUAUGGGGUAGGGUAGUGAUUCACCUGCUAAAUGUGGUAUUUAUAUUUAAGAUGGAUUACAUUGUAUUUAAUGACCUCAUUUCCAAGUUUUCAUUCCCACUAAAUUAGCUUUUGUUUCUAUUAUUCCAGUUUUAAAGAAUAUGAAUAAGUAGGUUGUGCUUGAGGACACUUACACUACUAAAUCAGGACUUAAAAACCCUUGA